AUGAGCUAUUUUCGUAUCCUGCGAAUGGCCCCACUAGGCCACAGGACUCUUCUAUUCAAAAAUACACAAUUAAAAAAUAUUCUAUCAGUAACGCACUUUCAAACUCAUUAUGUACAAAAUAGACAAUUUUAUAAUUAUUCAACUGGAGACAACCAAGAGAAAACCCACAAGAACUAUUAUUGGUUUCUGUGUUUGGUUCUUAUGGCACCAUUAGUUGAAUGGAGAAGAUUUGGAAGAUUCUUUUUGGUGAAUGCUGAAGCAGAAGUAGUGAAAGAUGUCGAAGAUUCCAAUCCCAGAUCUGAGGAAGCCAUAGAAGAAGAUGGAAAAAAAAAGAAACAUAGAAAAGAGAAAGUUGGGUUUAGAGACAGAAAGAUCAUUGAAUACGAAAAUCGCAUUCGGCACUACUCCACGCCCGACAAAGUCUUUCGUUACUUUGCAACUCUUCAAGUUCAGGGCCCCACAGUCGAUCAGCACGAGAUUUACAUGACUCCUGACGAUUUUUUACGGUCCAUGACUCCCGGAUUAAAACAACCCGAUGGUCUAGGAUUAGAUCAGUACAAACGAUAUGAUCCAAAAACGGUCCAUCACAAAUUAGAUCUCACACUAGACGAAGAUAGCAUAUUUUACAAACUUGGAAGUUCUGGACUUAUCACUUUUUCUGACUAUAUUUUCCUACUCACAGUUUUGUCAACCUCUCGUCGUCAUUUUGAAAUCGCCUUCAGAAUGUUUGACUUAAAUGGAGAUGGUGAUGUUGAUUGUGAAGAAUUUGAAAAAGUGGCCACAUUAAUCAGGCAACAAACAAGCAUUGGCUCUAGGCACAGGGACCAUGCUAAUACUGGAAACACUUUCAAGGGUGUCAACUCUGCGUUGACAACGUAUUUCUUUGGUCCCACGCUCAAACAAAAACUCACCAUAGAAAAGUUCCUGGAUUUCCAAGAAAAAUUACAAAAAGAAAUCCUAAGUUUGGAAUUUCACAGGAAAAAUCCCGAUGAAAAUGGAAAUAUUAGCGAAGCCGAUUUUACUGAACUUUUGCUGGCUUAUGCUGGUUACCCACAGAAGAAGAAAGCUAGAAUGCUGAAAAGAGUGAAAAAAACUUUCAGAGAGCACGGUAAAGGCAUCUCCAGGCAAGAUUAUUUGAAUUUCUUCCACUUUUUGAACAAUAUAAACGACGUAGACACAGCAUUAACUUUUUACCAUAUAGCUGGAGCUUCCAUAGAUCAAGCAACGUUGAAGCAUGUCGCCAAAACAGUAGCCCACGUCGAUUUAAGCGAUCACGUUAUUCAUGUAGUUUUCACUAUUUUUGAUGAAAAUCAGGAUGGUCAACUCAGUAACAAAGAGUUCAUAGCUGUGAUGAAGAAUCGUCUUCUCCGAGGCCUAGAAAAACCGAAAGAUACAGGAUUUGUUAAAUUUAUGCAUUCGAUUCUGAAGUGUGCCAAGGAAACUAGACCUGCUUUAUUGGAUAUUUAA